UAUCGCCCUGACCAUCAAAGACUCGACAGUCGAGCACCAAGCUGUCCAACAUGAUCUUCAUAUCCUCAAUACUCUCCUGGUUCAGUAGUAUAUUCUUCUCCAAAGCCGCUGAAAUAUCCGUGGUUGGGCUGCAGGCUUCUGGAAAGACAUCAUUUGUGAAUGUCCUCGGGUCAGGGCAGUGGUCAGAAGACGUCGUUCCAACCGUCGCAUUCAACUACCGCAAGGUACGCAAAGGCGCGGUGACCCUGAAGAUAUGGGAUGUCGCAGGACAGCCCAAGUUUCGCUCGAUGUGGGAACGCUAUUGUAAUGGAGUUGAUGCUGUCGUAUUCGUGGUUGAUUCGGCUGAUCAAGAGAGGUUUGACACGGCACGCUUCGAAUUGCAUCAACUAUUGGCGCAGCCAAAUCUAGCAGGCGUCCCUCUUUUAGUGCUCGGAAACAAGAACGAUAUUCCUUCGCACUCAUCUGUCAAGGAUCUUAUACGCGACCUUCAACUGGACAAGAUACAAGACCGCCCAGUCUCAUGUUACUCGUGUUCGAUGAAAAGCCAACAUAAUUUGGACAUAGUCCUCCGCUGGCUCUCAGAUCGUAGUCAUUAGGCCUCAUAUCCCGACUCACAGCAUGGUUUAUGAACUACAGUAAACAUCGCCCAUUUUCUAGGUAUCUAGUAGGAUCGAAGCACAUCGAUAUAUCGUGCAAUACUCGCAUUAAUGCAGACAUUCUUUUAUGAGAUCACCCAGACUUGAGAAGGCAUCGUUGGGGGAUCAACUACAUCGUGUUUUUUUUUUUUUUCUAG